UUUGCAUUGAGAAUGCUAAAAGUCUUUGCAAAAAAGAAACAUUUUUAUGUUGACUUAUUAUUUUAAUGUUUAUGUAUAGUCUAUAGAAAUAAUCGCUACAAGGGAUAAUUUAUUGUUUAAAAGAUCAGAAAAAAUGAUACAUAAAUUUUUAAUUGUCUUUUUUUUCAAACAAGUUUUUGGUUCCUCUGAUUGUAUCAAAACAAACUUUACAGCCACAUCAGGUUUAGUUGAAAGCAUUGCUAAAUCAAAUGCUAGUUGUUAUAACUACAUUAUUAAUGUCAAGUCAAAACUAGUUCAACUGACAUGGAAUAAUUUUAAAAUGAGUGGAACUAUGCCUAAUUGCAACGAUGGGAAUUACAUUGAGGUGUUUAUUGGAUGCGGAUCUAACAAAAACUUAGUUUCACUCUUCUGCUCAAAAAAUAUGAAAAUGAAACCUCACAAAAUAUAUUCAUAUGAUGGAUGCAUAGAUAUUGUUUAUAGGAAAAAUGUCAAGUCGUUGAAUGAUAACUAUUUCUCUGCUUCUUACAUUACAUAUUCACAAAAUGUUUCUUUGGGUCCUACUACUUGUUUGAGUUCCUCUGCUAACAAAUUUUCAUCUGGAUUGAUUAUCAGUCCAUACUGGCCACUCACCUAUAAAAAGUCAAUAAAAAAAUGUAAAUGGUCUGUUAACACUGAAGAUGCUAUGGACAUAAUUAAACUUAAUGUCAUGGAUUUGGAUAUUUAUCAUGAAAACACUUCUUGCAAAGAUAAAUUAUUCAUAAAAGGAAUCAAUUCUCCAAAAAAAUGGAACUAUUGUCAGAAGAAAAAACCAUUUUCAAUUACAACUGAUUAUUCUAAUUUGGAAGUCCAAAUGGAUAUAUUAAACUAUCAAAGAUUGACUUCAAAUCGAGGUUUUGUCAUUGGGAUUACAGCUUGGAGAGGCAGAGGAUUUCCUAAGAUUUACUUGAAACAAAAUAUAACAAAGUAUGUUGUUCCUGUAGUAUUUAUUGUAAUUGGUGUUAUUUUAUUUCUUGUACAUCAAUAUAUUCGAAGAAGGCGUCUUUCACACUCUAACAAAAAUGUAACUCUUCAAUACAGUGCAGUAGCUAACUCAGUUCCAGAUUCAAUUAAUCCUAACAUUAAAUCAAAUCCGCAAGUGCACAACUCUAAGCAAAAUUUUAAUCCUAGUCCAUACCCUGUUCAGCAAGCAUAUCCUCCAUGCAAUGAUGGACUCAAGCAACCAUUGAUGUAUCCACCUCCUCAGCAAUAUCAAGCCAUUAAUCAACAAUAUCCAGGUCCUCCUUCCCAAUAUCCAGCACCUUUUCAACCACAUUUAGCAGCCCCACCGCAACAAUAUCUACCUCAACAGCAAAAUACAGGGGUAAUUGAACCUCCUCCGCCUCCGUAUCCAGUUAUAUAGCAUACGCUUCAGUGGUUCAUGUUGUUCCGUUAACAUAAAACAAUUUUUUUUUUUUUUUUUUUACUUGUAUUAUUUUUGGAUGACUGUUAUAUAGGUAAAGUUGUUUAUGGCAUCAUUAUGCCUAAUACCUAUAUAACUUAAAAUAGAAAAACUCGCACCUUCAUUAA